AUGGAGAUGAGGCGACGCGUCUUUGGGACCGACUCGCAGCAGCUGCUCCCACCCAGGGCUCGCCAUCAGCUUUCCGGUAGAAUGCGAGCGACGCUGGCAAAGAAGAAGCCUGUAGCCGACGGCUACGACAGCAGUUGCGGGAACGUGGCGCUUCUCGGGAGCAGUCGUCGUCGAGGAGGCCAGCAACGCGUCUUCAUGUGGCCGUCAAAGAAGCACGCUGGGGUCUAC